UCACAGCAGAAAACAUGGCGGCUUCCAGCAAAGCGCCCGUGGUGCUGAAGGCUGUGAAGAAAAUAGCGAUUCAGUUUUGUCCGUUUGAGACUAACGUCCGGUCCACACGGGAGUUUCUGCUUCGGGUGGGCUCAGAGAGGGUCAGAUCUACCAACAUGAACUGUGAGGUGGUAUCGGUGGUGAAACAUGACAAGUCUGAACCCAUAGUGGAUAUUACUUAUGUGGAUGGAGAGAAGCUGGUGUUGAAGGGAGCGUGGCUGACCAGCAGUGAGAUGCUGAGUGCAUUUCAGUCAAUGUGCAAAGCCAAGGAUGCACAGACAAACAUCGCAGCAAAAAAAUAAUGGUCCUCAUGUUAGAUAUAUCUGUAUUGUACUGUCUUGGAUGUAUAUAAUUAAAGUGUCUGAUUUAAAUGUG